AUGAAUCUUGCUAAUGGAAUGAGAACUAAUCAAUAUGUGAAGCUUAAAACUGCCAAUAUUUUACUACUUAAGCUUCUUGUCUAAAGAAUUUCUUUGAAUGUUUAUAGAAUGGUACUGACUGCAUACAAUUUGCUAUUGGUUCUAAUUUAACAUCUUAAGCUUUAUAGUGUUCUUAACAAAGUAUUCAAUGUGUCUGAAAUUUUAAUAACUCAACCAACUAUGUUUCAUUAGAUGAUUAACUUUAAUGCUCUUCUUCAAAAGAGAAUCAAUGUAUAGAUGAAUAAGUUGGUUAUCAGGAAGGUUUUUAUUUAUGGAAUAAUUCUUGUUAUAUGGCAACAUAAUGUACUUGGUUAAAUUUCCAAACAAAUUUAUGCCAAUAGACGAAAAAUAGUUGUAUCUUGUAAUAAUAAGAAUGUAUAUAAUUGAUAUUAAAAAAUAGAUUAUAUAAUUAGAAUGCGAUGACUUUUAAAAUGAAGUAGAUUGUACUUAUGUAUUAGUUAGUUUAAAUACUAAAAUAAUAAUGCCGUGCAAAUAUUUAAAUGGAGUUUGUCAGUCAAUUUCAAAUGUGGAAGAUAUAAAUGCUGA